AUGGUGUCAGCAACCGCAUCUACAUCACUCCGGGUUCUCUCCUGGCACCGCAUUCUGGAUGGCAUGGUGAGGCACGUCCUCUGUGGCGGUGGACAUCAGCGCUACUUGGUGCUGGUCACCGACAAGUGGACGUUGCCAUUGCUGGAAAGAGUUUGUCACAUCGAUGAUCUCCUCAAAGAGCGGAUCGCCCUUGUCGAGUCGAUAGAUUCACCCCGUGAGGCCUUGCCUCUGGAUGCCGUGUACUUCUUGGCUCCACGCCUGGAGAACAUGGACCGGCUGGUGGAGGAGCUUUCCGCCAAGUCUGCGAAAUACCGAAGCUCCCACAUCUUCUUCACGCAUCGUCUUGAGGAUCCUAUGCUGCACAGAUUGGCCCAGACCCUCGAGGCUGUUGUGAAGAUUUCGAGCUUUGCAGAGCUCAAUCUUAGCAUGUUGGCCUACGACGACCGCUCCUUUCAUCUGCAGGAUCAUGGGGACAGCUUGAAGGGGCUUCUGGGUAUUGCUUCUCCAGAAGCUUUCGACCUGAAGCAAGCCGGAUGCUGUUUGGCAACACUCUUUGCGACGCUUGGGCAGGAGCCCAGGGUGCUGUGUGCUGCUUCUGGUGGUGCUGAGGGUCUUUGCGAGCGCCUUGCACGAGAGGUUUGCAUCAGACUGGAAGAGAUGGAGGCAAGGGGCGGUGCUGUCUGGAGGGGUCGCGCAUCUUCGGAGGUUUGCUCCUUGCUGAUCGUGGAUCGUUCGGUGGAUUGGGUGCCGCUGCUUCUCCAUGACUUUGGUUACGAGGCGCUGCUGUUUGACCUUCUUGGCGGUCAGGGCGCCUCCUUGUCGGAUAGCCGCUUUACAUUCACAGACAGGAGUGAUGGCGCAGUGAGGCGCGUUGUGUUGGGCGAGGAAACGGAUGAGCUCUGGAACAGCUACCGUCACAUGGCCACUUAUGCCGUGAAUGAUCGGGUUGUCCAGGAAGUGAAAGACUGGAGCCGUAAGGAAAGCAGCAUGAGACUGGCAAGAGUCACUGCCUCCACUUCCAGUGCAAGCUCAUCAUCUACCCAGAAGAUGGUGUCCUCUACCCUGAGCACCGUUCAGUCCUUGCCAGAACACAAGGAUCGUUUCCGCAAGCUGGAAAUUCACAGCGAGAUCUGCGCAAGGUUGCAGAACAUUGUCACUUCGAAGCGAUUGAUUGACCUGGCCACACUGGAGCAAGACAUGGCAACAGGUGUCUCCAGGAGUGGGGUGCCCCUGAACCCAAAGUCCAUCGAGAGAGACUUGCUCAUGUUUCUCCAGGAUCCGACGCUGGACAACACGUCGAAGCUUCGCAUUCUCAUGCUCUGCGAGGCCACCAAAGCACUCGAGACAAGUGCAGGGUCUGGACAGCGCCUUGCUGAGCUCGCAGCACCCUUUCUCUGCGCGGAAGACCUGCGCCGAUUGCAAAAGUUCGUCGAGGUUGUACGGCGCUAUCGAAGCCAGGACGCCGAGCGACGGCGCUGGUCUCGCAGCCGGCGACCCGACGCUGAGCCUGGUGCAGGCUCGGAGCCAGUGAGCCCUCGCAGGGCCCGGCUCUGCCGUUGGCAGCCCAAAAUUGCCUCCUUAAUCGGCGAUGUCGCCGGGACAGCUCUGCCAUCACAGAUACGCUGCCUCAGGGGUGAUGUCUCAGUCGCGGGGCGUGCGCCCGGGAGCUCUGUCGCCAUCUUCGUCGUCGGCGGCAUCACACUCCCCGAGAUCCGCGCUGCCCACGAGGCUGCUGCAGCGGUCCAUGGCCUGGAAGCCUAUGUCGGAGGAAGUUGCCUACUGACUCCGAACUCGCUGCUGGAAGCAUGUGAGGCUUUCCGACGCUCUUGA